GAUGGUGGUCAAAAAAAACGGUGGCGCCCUAAAAGGAGGAAGCAAGAUUCGGCUUAAAAGAAUGCAACUUCCGGACGGAACAUUAAUGGAAACGAGCGUGUUCCGGGGCCGGUGUUGGGUGCGAAGAGCCUGCCAACGGAGCUGUACCACGAUGAACCUGCGGAAAGCAAAACCGGUGGAGACAGGUCAGCCGUCGGAACCGUUUCCUGCGCUUGCGAAGGGUUCGAGACGGAUCGGUCUUUCGUCUAUUUCGUGGUGGGGACAGCCUUUUCAGUGCGGGAGUUUGCAAAAAGGAUUGGCCAGGAACAGCCGCGAAGUGUACGCCGGGAAUCGAAAGGCCGCGCUACUGGUGGCGAGCAGUCUGAAGGAACAGAGGAGUACAGUGGUGGCAACCUGGAAGUGGCCAUUGUUAUCCUUGAGCUGGCCGGAAUCUCUCAGAGCUAAAGCCGCCGACCAAACCGAGCAGCGCGACCUGCUACAUGGUGUUGGUUAGUCAAACACUAUUCUUACUUUAGUUUUAACUCAAAUUGUUUUUUCUUCACCCUACAGGACGGCAUGAUUGAGAGA